UGUUUUUCCCGGAAGCGGAAGUCCUCACUCAGGUAGAGCGACAGCAGCAGCAGCCUCGCUCUGGUGUGACACUUGUCGUCGCCUCUGCCUCGCGGCUAACGUUAGCUGGGGUCGGGCCCGGUAGGGUUGGGUCGGGUCGGUACGUUAUCUUCCACACUCGCACAGUAAACACCAUGGCGGCCGCGGAUCCCCGGUCCUCGAGUGACGGCGGGCCGGCCAACAGAGGAGGAUUCCCGGCCGGGGAGAGCAGCAAGGACCGCGACGGGCCGGGCGGCAGCAGCAGCGGCGGCGGCGGCGGGGAGGGCGACCGGGAGCGGGACCGGGCCACCUUCGAGUGCAACAUUUGUUUGGACACUGCCAGGGACGCUGUCAUCAGUAUGUGCGGCCACUUGUUCUGCUGGCCCUGUCUCCAUCAAUGGUUGGAGACGCGGCCCAGCAGGCAGCAGUGUCCCGUAUGUAAAGCGGGCAUCAGCAGGGAGAAAGUCAUCCCGCUGUACGGCAGAGGGAGCUCCAGCCAAGAGGACCCCAGGUUGAAAACUCCACCUCGGCCUCAGGGACAGAGAACAGAGCCAGAGAGUCGAGGAGGAGGGAUGUUUCAGGGUUUCGGAGACACUGGCUUUCACAUGUCUUUCGGCAUCGGUGCUUUCCCUUUCGGCUUUUUCACAACAGUCUUUAACGCCAACGACCCUUUUCACAGAGCAGACCAGUACGCAGGUGAUCACCAAGGCAACGGCAACCUCAACAAUGGCAAUAACAACUGGCAAGACUCCCUCUUCCUCUUUGUGGCCAUCUUCUUCUUCUUCUGGCUGCUGAGCGUGUGAUGGAGGCCGGACAUGAUGGACGAGAAGACGGAUGAGCAGGAAGGAGGAGUGCAAAAAGAAAAAAAAAAAAAAAAGAAAAACAAACUCACACUAAACUCAAGCCACAGACACACACUCAUUUUACAUUUCUGAGCAGGUACUAACUUGGGAGAGAGCGGAGGAUUGUGUUUGAUCCCAUAACAAGAAAUACAGGAUGUAUACUGUAUAUUUGGUUUUCUCCUCCUGGCGAAGGCAGAUUCACUGCAGGAUUCUCAGCCCCACCCACCUGCUUCGCUGAUUUUGUUUAUGCAAAAAGCACUCGCUGGAAAGCAGUAGUGUGUGCGAAUCCCCAAAAUAAGUCCCUCUCUACACGCACCUGUAGAUAUAUGCACACAGAAAAACAACUUCAGAGACAGUAUUAAGGGAUCGGUAAGCUAUGUAAAGUUUUUUUAUUGCAGAAAAGAGGUGGGUGGAGGAUAAUUCGGGGUAGUUCUGUUUUCACAUUCCUCUUGAAGGUUUACUCCUUAAACAGAGAGAGGGAGGCACGUUGUGGAAAGUUCGGUGGGGUUUUAAGGCCAAAGAGUAGCAGAUCAGUCACAUGGGGGGGUGAAAAAUAUAACUGAAUUAUGUUCCUGUUUACAGUUUCCUCGUGAAUUGAACAAGUCCUCCUCAAAAACAGACGGACAGAUAGGAAUAGCACAGAUGGAUGCAUUUUUUUUAUAUACAUUUGUCUUAACAAAACCUGCCAUUGCACUGUGAAGUCAUUGGAGCUGGUGUGUGUGCUGGUGUUUAACCACUUGUUGUGUCUUUCCUCACAAAGCUGUACAAACAUGGAUGGUUGUGCCGUUAAAGGGCCACUUCGGGAGAUUUAUGAGCAACUUGAGAGAGUAAAAAAAAUAAUCUGACACA